AUGCUCGUCUUGCGUCGCCACUCGCAGCUCCUCCAGCGCGUCUCUGACCGUUCGACCCGUGCGGGACGUCUCUACGCUCGACCCUGUGUCACAAACUCCCUCGUGCGGCUACCGCUACAGCCUCUUCUUCGCAACCCUUUCGAAGCGAUGGGCGCCAAGCGCUCGCUGUUUAACAUGGCACAGCGCCGGAAACAUAAGCAGCUCAAGGGUCUUGAACAAGCGGCCAAUGCCAACCCCGAAGAUGCGUACGCACAACUGCGUCUGUUGCAGGAGCUCAACCGGAACGACUACCCGGCGCUGGUCGUGCGUCGAGUGGAAGAGAACCGCUUUGCGCUGGACGACGCGGUGCAGAAGGAGUACAUCAAGGCGCUGGUCAAGACUGGUCGACUCGAUACUGUCGACCUGCCGCAAUUGGUCCAGCCGGCUGAAGCUGCUGGGUCGAGUGCGGUCCGAUAUCUCCCGGCAAGCUCAGCCGUGGGCCGUGGAGUUCAGGGCUUGUCGUCCCAUGACCCGGUCUACGUGUCCAUGGUCGAAGGCAGCUUCAAGAGCAACAUGUGGAAAACGCUGAGGACACUUGGCGUGGCGUUUCUUGUUGUGUCGGCGCUAGGAGCGAUGCUGGACGAGAAAGUGGGCAAGAUCGGCUCGGCAUCUAAAGUCAUGGGCCCUACAGGCAGUGACAAGCGCUUCAGCGAUGUGAAGGGAGCUACCGAGGCCAAGCAAGAGCUGGAGGAGAUUGUGCAGUUUCUGCGAGACCCCGCUCGCUUCACGCGCCUCGGCGGCAAUCUGCCUAAGGGCGUGCUACUCACGGGUCCACCUGGUACAGGCAAGACGCUGCUGGCUCGUGCUAUUGCGGGCGAGGCCGGUGUACCGUUCUUUUACUCGUCCGGAUCUGAGUUUGAGGAGAUGUACGUGGGUGUUGGUGCGCGUCGCGUGAGGGACCUGUUCGAGUCGGCCAAAAGGAAAGCACCAUGCAUCAUCUUCAUUGACGAGAUCGACGCUAUCGGUGGGACGCGUAAACUGAAGGAACAACAGGCCAUGAAGAUGACGCUCAACCAACUGCUGGUCGAGCUGGACGGAUUCGACCAGAACAAGGGCAUCAUUGUGAUCGGUGCCACGAACUUCCCGGACGUGCUGGACAAUGCGCUGAUCCGACCGGGUCGAUUUGACCGGCACGUGACGGUGGAUCUACCUGACGUGGCAGGUCGCAAGGAGAUCCUCGAGUUUUAUGGAGGCAAAGUUCCUCUUGCCGAGGAUGUCGACCUGGAUGUGCUAGCGCGUGCAACACCUGGCAUGUCCGGUGCCGAGCUCUCGAACCUAGUGAACGAGGCUGCGCUGCGCGCAUCGAUGAAGAGCGCCGAUGUCGUGGAUAUGAACGCGUUUGAGUACGCAAAGGACAAGAUUCUUAUGGGCGCCGAGCGUCGAUCCGCUGUGAUUACGCCCGAGUCGGCGAAGCUCACUGCUUACCACGAAGGUGGUCACGCGCUGGUCGCGAUCAACACUCCGGGUGCACACCCUGUUUACAAGGCGACUAUCAUGCCGCGAGGACAGGCAUUGGGCAUGGUUGCCCAGUUACCUGAUGGUGACCAGACGUCGAUAUCGCGGAAACAGAUGUUGGCGCGGCUGGAUGUGUGCAUGGGUGGUCGUGUGGCAGAGGAGCUGACGUUUGGCGAGGGUGAGAUCACGGGUGGCGCGUCGUCUGACAUCCAGCAAGCUACGAACGUCGCUCGUGCCAUGGUGACGAAGUACGGCAUGAGUGAGAACGUGGGGUUGGUGUUUCACGACCUGCGUGGCAACGAUACCAGUGCUACGACUCGCAAGAUUAUCGAUGACGAGGUGAAGAAGUUGUGCGACGCGUCGUACAAGCGUGCGAAAGACAUUCUCGUGAGCAAGCGUCUCGACUUGGAGAAGUUGGCGAAUGCGCUGCUAGAGUACGAGACACUAUCGGGCGCUGAGAUUGACAAGGUACUCAAGGGCGAAACGCUGGAGCGCAAGCCUAUUGAGUAG